CUUUCUUAUUAUUAUUAUUCUUGAUCACUGUUUCUUUACGGUAGUAUGUAUCUGAAAUUUUUUUGCCAAAGUAUGUAUCUAAACUGAAACUCUGCAUUGUGUUCAUAGUCUUUAUAAUUUAAUGGGAAGCAACAUUUUCUCUUUGAUCAUUCCAUUCAUGUCAUGGUACCAAAGUAAUAGCUUAAUUAAAGCUUCUGUUACCCAAAAAGAAUGAUCCCCUCAAAGCCUCUGAACGCCAACCGCUCUUCUCUUCUAAUGAACCAAGUGCUGUCCAUUAUGAUCCAAAAUCGCCCUUUUGAUACCCAACUCGCAUCUGCUAUUACUUCCUCUAGUUUAUUGACCGUCGAUUUAGUCUCUGAUGUUCUCCGAUCAAUCCCAAAAUUCUUCUUCCUAUCCACGCGUUCCAUUGGCCGCCAGAACACUACCCGCCACCGUUCUCCUUUAAAACAGCGCAACCUCAAGCAAGAAUCCCGCAAAUACCACACCAAUGUUCUCAUUCUUGGUCCAGCUGCUUAUAGAGACCCAAAAAGGGUCAAUCUUGGCUUAAACAAAGCAGUGGAAUUCUUUGGUUGGGUAGAAACUCAUUUUAGCUUUGCACAUACUGAAAUGACGUGUAGAGAGAUGGCUUGCGUUUUGGCUAGAGGAAAUAGACUGGAGAAGCUGUGGCAGUUUCUUAAAGACAUGGCAAGAAGAGUGAAUGAUGUUGGUUUAAAACUUUUGACUACUAAUACCGUUACCUGUUUGAUAAAAGUCCUAGGAGAAGAAGGGCUGGUGAAUGAGGCAUUGGCUUUGUUUUAUCGAAUGAAGCAGUAUCAUUGUAAACCGGAUGUGUAUGCUUAUAAUACAAUUAUUUACGCUCUCUGUCGGGUUGGGAAUUUUAAGAAGGCGAGGUUCUUGUUAGAACAGAUGGAGUUACCAGGCUUUUUGUGCCCACCGGACGCGUAUACGUACACUAUAUUGAUUAGUUCUUAUUGCAAGUACAGUUUGCAAACUGGGUGUAGAAAGGCUAUAAGGAGGAGACUAUGGGAGGCUAACCAUUUGUUUAGGCUUAUGCUGUUUAAAGGUUGUGUGCCUGAUGUUGUUACGUAUAAUUGUUUGAUUGAUGGGUGUUGCAAGACUUAUAGAAUUGAGAGGGCUCUGGAGCUUUUUGAGGAUAUGAAUAGAAGGGGCUGUAUUCCAAACCGGGUUACUUAUAAUUCUUUCAUUAGAUAUUACAGUGCAGUGAAUGAGAUUGAUAAGGCUGUUGAGAUGUUAAGGACGAUGCAGAAGAUGAAUCAUGGAUUGGCCACUUCAAGUUCUUAUACACCAAUUAUACAUGCCUUGUGCGAAGCAGAAAGGUCGCAGGAGGCUUGGGAUUUUAUAGUUGAGUUGGUUGAUCGGGGCUCGAUACCUAGAGAGUAUACGUAUAAGCUGGUUUGUGAUGCAAUGGGUUCAGUGGGAGAGGGCAAACAUCUAGAUGAUUCAUUCCAUAAAAGAAUUAAAGAUGGAAUAGAGAAUAGAUAUAGACAGGUGAUGAAGGUGAAACCAAUAAUGGUUACGAAGAUGAAGCACUGAUACAAUAGCACAUGGCAAGGGUAAUCUUGGACACUUAAGUUUCUCACUGUGUUACGUGGGGCCAUUUACUUGUGCCUGGAGUGGGUAUAGGUCCAAAUGCUGCGCUUGUUUAUUUUAUUUAUUUAUUUAUUUAUUUUGGGAGUGGGGAACAUUCUGGAGUGGACGCAAGGCACUUUCAAGACAGAGUGAAGGGUGUCUGGAUAACACAGAUUACACUCAAUAGAGUACAGAUCAGAAAAGUUGAAGAAUUAGAGGGAGGAGGUGUUAGGGAUAUUCUGGAGUGGACACAAGGCACUUUCAAGAUGGAGUAAAGGGUGUCUGGAUUACAUUGAUUACACUCAAUAGAGUAGAGGUCAGGAAAUGAAAUUCUGUCACUCUGCUGGUUUCCGGUCAAUAUAAAUUGUGGGCUUUCACAAUCACAGUGGAGCAGAAUAAAUAUCCAGAUGCAUUAUCAUAUCAUUCACAAAAAGUGGACAGUGAAGCUAACUGCGCAUGUUUUCCUAGUUAACAGUCUUUUUUCUUUUGUUCAGCUGAUGUAAGACUCCAACAGGAUGCCAUCUGCAAUUCUACAAUUCUUGAAUUGGCAUGCACAAAGCAAUUUCAAUGGAGUUGGACUCUGUGGGCAUCAAUUUAUUUUCUUCCUAUUCGAUCAAUAAUACUAUGCCGAAAGCUGCAGGAAUGGGAUUUGGAGUCGUGGAGCAUGAACCUUGCAAAAAGGAUUAAAAACACAAGUGGGAUGUGAAGGAACUGAUUAGAAGUUAAUUGGCAUUUGGCAACUAACUGUUUCAAUAUCCACCUGAAUGUGCUGUGUUUCCUGGGGGUAAUCGAGGGACCCAUAACCCUCUGGCUUAGACAGUAAAGGUUUGUGUUGAGCCAUUCCUCAUUCACAUUGUUCACCAUUGGACUCGGACGGUACACAGGAACACCCAAAACUCGGACCCAUAACCUCUGGCUUAGAUAGUAAAGUUUUGUGUUGAGCCAUACCUCAUUCACAUUGUUCACCAUUGGACUAGGACGGUACACAGGAACACCCUAAACUCUGCCCCAUUUCUUAAUGCUAUUUUUGGAUUUUUAACUAAAGCAUUUCUCUCUUAAUGGCAUAUGGGGUACAAGUGUCUUGGCAAUUGGUAUUGCAUUUGCUGGAUUUUGGAUAAUUUCACUUGCAUAUGAAAUGUUAAGAUUGGGCUUGUGUUC